CAUUAAAUGCUUGCUAGCUUCGGCCGAAGUGUGCGAGCAAGGGAAGAGAGGUUUUCCUCUGUUUCCAAUUAUCACAGAGCGAAUUAGAUAAUGCAUGCAACAAGAAACAGGCUGUCCCUUUCAACUCAUCCGUCAACCGCACAACGCAUAGCAGUCGGUCCUCUGAUGUGAUUCAGAAUUAUUAUUAUGCUCCUAAAAUGGAAAAAGACGAAGAACCCUCUUGAAUCUCUGAUUAUUACUCAUCUCUUUUCCCCAUUUUCCAACUACUGGAGAUGAUAAUUCAGAUCAAUCUCAGCUCACAGGGCAGAGGAAGAAGAUAAUUCAGCGGAGCAUCAGCGCCACCGAAUCGAUAUUACAGUUGCCGUGAAGCCUAUAAACACCAAAUUCCCUUUCUUCCCGCUUCCCCAAUCCUCCAUCCGAAAGAAUGAGCUGGUGGUGGGCUGGCGCCAUUGGAACCGCUAAGAAGAAGCUCGAUGAAGAUGAGCCGCCGCGAAGCUACCAGAGCGUCGCCCUAGUGGUGGGUGUCACCGGAAUCGUGGGCAACAGCUUGGCCGAGAUCCUCCCGCUCGCCGACACUCCCGGUGGGCCAUGGAAGGUCUACGGCGUAGCUCGCCGUCCUCGCCCCAAUUGGAACUCCGACCACCCAAUCGAGUACAUCCAGUGCGACAUCGCCGACGCCUCCGACGUCGAUUCGAAGCUCUCCCCACUCUCCGACGUCACCCACAUCUUCUACGUAACGUGGGCCAACCGCCCCACCGAGGCAGAGAACUGCGAGAUCAAUGGCAAGAUGUUGAGGAACCUCCUCGCCGCCGUCGUUCCCAACGCGCCGAAUCUCCAGCAUAUUUGCCUUCAGACCGGCGGGAAACACUACGCCGGAUCCUUUGAAUCGUUCGGCAAAAUCGAACCCCACGACUCCCCUUUCACAGAAGAUCUCCCGAGGUUGAAUUCCCCCAAUUUCUACUACACAAUGGAAGACAUCCUCUACGAAGAAGCCGGGAAAAGGGAAGGGUUGUCGUGGUCCGUACACCGGCCCAAUAUAAUUUGGGGGUUUUCUCCCUACAGCAUGAUGAACGCGAUUGGAUCACUCUGCGUCUACGCCGCCAUAUGUAAGCACGAGGGUUUGCCUCUGAUUUUCCCGGGGACGAAAGCUUCUUGGAACUGUUACUCGGAUUCGUCGGAUGCUGACCUGAUCGCCGAGCAUCAGAUAUGGGCGGCGGUGGAUCCUUACGCCAAGAACGAGGCGUUUAACAUAGUGAAUGGGGAUGUGUUCAAGUGGAAGCAUUUGUGGAAGGUGUUGGCGGAGCAGUUUGGGAUAGAGAAUUAUGGGUUUGAAGAGGAUGCGGAGAAGAGAGUGAGCUUGGUGGAGAUGAUGAAGGAUAAAGGGCCGGUUUGGGAAGAGAUUGUGAAGCAGAAUCAGCUCGAGCCGACGAGGUUGGAGGAAGUUGGGAAUUGGUGGUUUGUGGAUAUGAUAUGUGGUGUGGAGGGUGUUCUUGCGAGCAUGAACAAGAGCAAGGAGCAUGGGUUCUUGGGGUUCAGGAAUUCAAAGAGCUCGUUCAUUUCCUGGAUUGAUAAAAUGAAGGGUUACAAGAUUGUGCCCUGAACCAACUUGCAGGUUCUCGUGAUGGCUUUUGAUCGAGCUUGGAAUGUAUUGUUGUUUGUACUCUGUUUGAUACCUGGAGGUUUUCUUUCUGUUUCACUUAUCUUGAUCCCUAGUUUCUAAAUAAGAAAUUUCUGUUUGU